AACCACAACAAUGGCAACACCCGUCGAAUCAUUAUUAGCCAUUCGAAAAGAAGACUUUGAUUUCUUGAUACAACAUUGUUGUACUUGUUCUUGCCUGAAUAGCAAGGAAAAGGUUACAGUGGAGGACAUUCAGGCUGCAGUCUACCCGAAGGGAUGGAGCGUGCAAACAUUCAAAACUCCCCAGAAGCGAAAGAAUCGCCAGUCACGGGUCAAGACAGCUGACGACUUCAUGCGCUGCGUAAAUCAAUGGAGAUUAACUCAACUCAUGAUCGUUACCAACCGAGAGAAAUACGAAAGCAUGGUUCGCGCCUUCACCCUGUCACCCACAAUCACCAGUGAAGGUCACAAUUCCCAGAGACUUACUGCCGAGAAUCUAGUCGAACUAGGGACACAUCUGGCAAGAUUAGUAGAACGAUCGAUCAACGCACAUAUGGCACAGAAGUCCUUUACUCACUUCCAAUCCUUGAUAUUCUUGUCGUACUGUCUUUAUCUUACAAAAAAGGGUACCCCAAGCGAGAAAAUUGACAACCUUUUGAAGGUUUUCAAUAAAGACGAGAAGAAGAGAAAGCGGCUACUUGUACAAGCAGCUCAAAUCAACAAAAUGAUCGCUGAACUUGGUAACAAGGGUUGGAACAUUGUACGGGCUACAGAAUUGUUCCUUAUCUGUCCGUUUUCAGGAUACGACUUGCUCAACCUCUCAUUGGAAGACUUUGGAGAUAUCAUGUCGUCUGUUUCUGAUGCAAAACCCAACUUUACUGGGUGUUUAAUGCCAUCAUAUCAUAUUAGCUAAAUAUAUA